AUGCAAAUAACUAACAUGAACUUAAUUGACAACCAUUCACCGAUGCCAUCUCAUAGACCAUUUAAUUCUAAACAGCAACAACAACAGCAACGUGAAGACAGUAGUCUGGUAUUAAAAAUUAAACGUCAUACAACAAAAAAUGAACAUGAAAUUGUACGAACUAGUGAAGAUGAGUCGACUAAAACGUGUCUGUUAAGAACUGAUAAUAAUUCAACAACAAAUAAAGCUGUUAAAAUUGAAGACGAUGACUCGACCAACAGCACUACAACAAUACUUUCGUCAGAUGAUCGUGAAAACAGAACUACUGCUUCUACGACUGCAAAUAGUGACAAUAAUAUCUCAGUGACACCCUUAUCUCCUUCGACGACGACGGCCGUAUGUGAAAAAAAGAGUAAUCGUUUAAAAAAAGUAAAUUCAUCAAAAAUCACAAAAACAACAACAGUAUUAAGACAUAAACGAUUAUGUCGAAACGAUGCAGUGACUACUAAACGUUCUACCGCGCGUUUAUUCGAUAUUAAAAGUCCGAAACAACAAUCUCAAGCGAAAUUGAAACAACGUUGUCUAUCAAUCGAUAACAAUAAUAAUGACUGUACGACGACAACAGAAAAUUGCACGAAAAUUGAGCAACAACAGCAAACGAAAGAGAAAAAAAUUGCUUGUUCGAUAAAUAUUACUAAUAGUAAUGCCUCUACGAAUCACGAUAAUUCACAAGAUAACAGCGACUAUGACGACAGACAAAAUCAAUUACCACAGUCAAAACGUUUCAAACAUGAUAAGUUUCAAAAAGUGGAUGCUAGUGUUGAAACAGCCUCGAUUGGCGUCGUUACUGAACCAGAUAAUUUGGGUCCUUGUUCACCAGGUACAACGGUGGUACUAGAAGGAAUUGUAUGGAACGAGACCGAUAGUGGUGUACUGGUUGUCAAUGUGACAUGGCGUGGAAAAACGUAUGUAGGAACAUUGCUUGAUUCUACAAAACUCAACUGGGCAGCACCAAGAUUGACAUGUGAAUCUCCCACAAGUGAUUUUGAUACAAGAAGUAAAAAUGGGCGAAAUAAACGUGGAAAUCGUUGUUCAGCUCCUCUUCUUGCAUCAAUUUCAAAUUCAUCAACGAUAACAUCAGGACUAUCUCAGUCAUCAACAAAUGUCGAACAACAGACUGGUGACAGAAAACUUCGUAACAUAAAAUCUCGACAAACAAAACGUAACACGAUAACUUCUUCGACGGCAAUAACAACAACAACAACAACAUUGAACGAUCGCCUAUUAACAUUAAAUAAUGAAACAGCGAGUGCACUCAGUGAUAAUAAUACAACUUCCAAUGAUAAUACUACACCAUCACCAUUGAAUUCACCAUUUCGAACGAACUUAACUACAACAAAUUUUUUCUUUGAUAAACGAUGUUUUUCGGCCAUUAAUAAUAAUAA